AACAUGAACAGGAUAAUGACGAAUUUAAAUAUAUUGUGUUAUUUUUAACCAUAUCUGGGACAGUUUAUAUAUCUACUUUAGAAUAAAAUUGUGGAUGUUUGAAAAUGGUGAAUGUUCGGUCAUUUGUGGUUUUAGUGUAUAGUUUACAAUUUAUAAAUAUUAUGGCAGCGGAAUCCAGCACUGUAUCCACUUCAAGUCAAGAGGCUCAAAUACCCGAUGAGUCUCAACCUCAAAAAAUAUCAGCUGAACUAGGAGAAUGCGGUUUACGAAUAACAGGACCCGGUUUAAAAUGGGAGAAAGUUGAUGAUUGCUCCACAGCGUACGCCGAUCCAACAGGUAAACCAGGGGGCCAGGGAAGCCAAGGGUUAAAGGGAAAACAAAGCAUACAAGGACCACCAGGACUAAAAGGAGAGCCAGGUUUAAGUGGAGUUUUAGGGGUCCAAGGACCACGUGGGUUAGAAGGAGAGAAAGGUGACGAAGGACCCAUAGGUGAAGACGGUAGUGAGGGAGAAAAGGGUGAUCGAGGUUAUACAGGAUUUAAAGGAGUGAAGGGUGAUCAGGGUGCCUCAAUUCCUGGCCUUCAGGGGCCUCCCGGUUCCCCAGGCCCUUACAAUUUCUACAGCCAUCUUUCGCAUGUCGAAUCACCGAAGAACGACGUUGGAAAUGAUGUACCAGAAUCUGAAGCGCGCAACCGGUUUCCAGGUGACCAGAAAAAUCCAGUGAAAUCGUGCGCAAACAUUGAGGCUGAUGGUAUUACUGAUGCAGAAUACUAUGUGAACCCCGAAAGCAAGUUUAGUGUGGAAUGUAAUUUUAUUAAACAAAGCGCGUGCCUAAAUCUAAAGAACAACGAGGAGCCUAAACUGUGUGACAGGAAGCCAUGUUGGCUGUUUAAGUCUGGGUUCGAUAUUGUGAAUUUUUAUAAUGAUCAACUACAAAAUGUAAAAUAUCUAAGCACCUUAAAAGGAUUGACGCAUUCCGUUCACAAGAUUUCGAUUUUUUGCAAAUAUCUGAGAUUGAGUGAAAAAUCCAAUUUGCAAAUACAAUUAUAUCACAUGCUGUUAAUUGGACCUGAAGCGACGAAUGAGACGCCAUUGUAUUAUAAAGUUAAUAGUGAUGAUUGCACUUCAGAGAAUCACGAGGGAUAUGCUGAAAUAGAAAUAACAAUAAACGGUCCAUUCCUACCAAUCACGGACUUUUAUAUCAAAGAUUUUAAUAAAGAAUCUAAACUUAUAUUUGAGAGCAAUGAAGUCUGUUUUUAUUACAAAUAAACUUACAAUAAAUGUGUUAAUUGUGUGA